UGCUAGCGAGACUGCUGAAGCAUUACUUACCUCAGCAGCGAACCUGUUCAUUGUUACAUCACAAGAUGAAGAUUCUGGAUAUGGAAAAAUUUGGGGGGGAAGUGACAAUCGGCGCGACUGUGGCAACCGGGUUUGAAUUUACAGCGGUCGACGAGAUAACAAAGAAAAUUGAUGUGGUUGAUUAUGACAUCACACAAGGAAAAGUAUUUUUCACAGCAACGAGCGAAUGUUUCGCGAAAAUACAUCAGUUAAGAUCGGUGGAUAAAUUGUUUCUCGUCGUUAAAAGGUAUGAGAAUUAUGUCUAUGAUGUCACAAAGGAAGUUGAAUUGGAGAGAAUUGGCUCAGUCGCGUUCGAGUUGCCGUGGGAACAGGUGGAAAAAUAUUGGAACGAAAAUCGACCUUUUUGUAUAAAAAUGAAUAAGUUUCAAAAACAGAAAUUGAGAGAAAGGAAAAAGAAAAGAAGGCAAUUGAACUUGGAUGGCUGUGGGGGUGGGGAUGAAGAGGAUUCGGACUUGGAGGUUUGGGAGAAAAGUACGGAUGUAAAUUUCAGAGUUACGUGUAAUCGUGUCGGGAAAAAACAGAGCGUGACAUCACCAGAAGCGGAAUAUAAGUUCGGGGGGAAUGUGCAAGAUGCUACAGGAUGGAAUGUUAACUUAAGUUGCUAUAACUUGGAAGUUCUGCUGGAGAUUGGCCUCGAUUCAUUGAUGGUGGCGUUGUCACUCACCCCGUUCAGUUUGCACCAUAGAAAUAUCGAAUAUUUUGGACGAACGACGCUGAGGAGCACAAUCGCUUAUAAUAUGUUGAUGUUGUGUAAGUUAAAGGUGGGGGAGGUUGUAGUUGACCCUAUGUGUGGCACAGGUUCAAUACCGCUGGAGGGGGCUAUGGAGUGGAAGGGGUGUUUGCAUGUGGGGGGAGAUAAUAGCGGGGCAGCGAUGGAGAGGGUGUCUGGGAAUGUGGGUGUAAAUAAUGGGGGUUUGGGAGUGAAUUUGGAAAAAGGUGAUAAUUUGGGGGUGAGUCAAGUAAAAAGAGACAGUUUUGAGGUUAAUGAAAAUGGAAAUCGCAAUUUGGAGAUAAAUACUGAAAAAAUAUCCGAAGAAAAGUUGAAAUACCCAGUUGAAGUUAUACGAUGGGAUGCAACACGAUUGCCUUGGAGGGAUUCAACAAUUGAUGUUUGCGUUACUGAUCUACCGUUCGGCAAGCGCAUGGGGUCUCAGCAUGAUAACAGAGUAUUGUACCCAAGGUUCCUACAUGAACUGGCACGAGUAUCAAAAGUUGGGACGUCACGUGCGUGUUUGUUAACUUAUGAUCGACGCUCAGCGUUGAAUGCGUUUUCGAAGCUUAAUAAAUUAUGGAGCUUAAAAAGGACCGUGAAUGUGAACAUAGGCGGCCUACGCGCUGCUGUUUAUUUACUUGGGAGGACAAAACAUAAGUUUGUUGUUGGAGAGGAUUUUAAUUUGGAAGAAAAGAAAAAGAAGUUUCAAAAAAAUGAAACAAAAAAUAAGAAAAUUUCGGAAGAAUUUAAAAAACUAGACAUUUCAAUUUGAUGCAGUAUUUUAAUUGUUAAGUAACCAUAGCAAAUGUUUUUAACCAAAGCCUGUGUCGUAUUUUAUAUUAUUAUUGUUUAAAAACAAAUUACGACCACAAUUUAGACUUGUUCACAGGAUUGUGUGUCUAACUAUCCCUGCCUCCCCUGUGUUUUAUAAAGUUUGGCGCCUAUGACUUAGUCUAUGUGUUUUUUAUCUAACUGUGUGCCAUUCUGAAAUAGCUGCUUUUUAUUUUUUAUGGUUGUAUUUAAAGCAAAGAUUCAACCUUAACU